AUGCCACUUUUAAACGGCGAAUUAUUCGUUAAAAAGCAGCCGCCAGCAGAUCUUCACCCGGAUGAAGAAGUCUUCUUCUCCUCAAUUACUUAUGAAGUUUUUAGAGACUACGAUGAAUUCUUCGAGCGCACCAUUCAACUGAACAGCGAGGGCUGGGGUUGUAGUUUCUGUGGCCAUCAGAAUCUCAACUACAACGAGGCUGUUGCUUGUGAGGCCGGUGAUGCCGCUCGACUGGCCGAAAUCGGACCUCCAGGUCUCUGCCGAGGCCUUCUCCACAUCAUCCUGGGUGCCAAGCGUCGUCGAAUGAAUGAAUUGGUGGAUGUUAUGUUGGCAUUCGCUAGCUCUCGUUACUUCAUUGGCGAGGAACUUUGUGUGCGAAGCGCCGAUUCGAAUUCUGCGGCCGCUGAGAUCCCAUUGGACCCAUCUGUGACUGUUCAGCAAGUCAUCCUACCACAACCAAAGGCCCAAACCGUUUCUCAACCCCGACCCACAAUGCCGGAAGCCAAGUUGAUCCAAUAUGCUGUACGUCAAUUACCCACCAAGACCAAUCCUACUCCCGUUCGUACCCUCUGUGUCAUGCCCUACACAGCACUUCAAAGACCUCCUCAACGCUAUCUAACUCGUGACAAAAUUCGAAAUUUUAUUAGACAAACAUCUAAAUUGGAUAAUAGCAUAUUCGUCCCUAGGGAAUCUGUUAUGAAGCACUUCAAUGUCUAUCCGCAUGGCACACUGAAGUGGGCAAACUUUUUUGCUGGUUCAGUUUUACCUUGGUCAGACUUUGUCUUUACUCGAGUUGUGACAGGUCGUGAAGGAGUUCUCACUACUACCCAUGCGAAUCCGGCCGCAAAGAAAUCUUCUGCCGAGCCUGUGGUUAUCAAGGCUAUAACGAAUUCAGUCGAACCUCCCAUCGUCUCGCAGACUCAUAAUAUGGAAUUGCAACAUCAAAUGCGUGUUGAUCGUGCAGAGCUAGAGCGCGUUUGGUCAUUCCUUCGUAAACGUGAUGAUCUUGACCUCUCUGACCUUGUGCCCUUACCAUCAAUGACUCCUUUGAGUCUCCGUUCUCCAAUCCCACCUGAGCAUUUUGGUGACUGCCUUCGUAUCUAUGAGUUCUUCCACGCUCUUGGUGGAUUUUUGCAUAUCCCUUUACCUGGUGUAGCUCAGUCGGUUGCCAAGGCAGUAGACGGCGGCAUGAACACUAGUGGCAAGACUGGUGUUAUCAUGAUUGAGAAUGAAAAAGUGGAGCAUCCAAACGAACAAUUUAGUUGGAAGGUUCUUGAGGAUAUCCUUUUCAACCAGGAUCCUUCUGGACCUUUUGCUGAUGUACUCUAUGGUCUUCUCAAUGCUAUUAGGCGACUCGAGAAUGAAGCCUCAGCGAAACUUCCCCCGACAGCUGAAGCCGCGGCAGCAGCCACAGUGUCCGCCAUCGCGACUCUUGAAGCCGGUCUUCCAGUUGCCUCAGCCGGUACUCUAACAGGUCUCGGGUGCUCCCAAGAGUACACCACUAUCCUCGCCGAAACACUCACCUCUCCAGCCAACGCUCGACUAGCCUCAAUCUUCCGCGCCACUGCUGAGGCCACUCGUCAAUGUGAACUCGUCGGUCUGGCUCCCAUAAAUACCCCUCUUACGUCCCGCGUGGAGAGAGCCGCCGCCCAGGUUAAUAUGCCUCUCUCCGAAGUGAGUGGAUGGAGUUGUGGCCCGGGACCUGGAAGUGCGGGCCGAUCGAUGGCUGUGCGAGCCUCUGCGUUGGCAAUAGCUCUGGGAGCGAUAUCUUUACCACCGUUGGAUAGAGCGGGCUUGGCCGAAGCCCUAUGGUUACAUAUCAACACAGCGCCCGCGAAAACAGGCGGUUGGAGAGGAUCGAUUUGGGGUGGUACUAGACCUCUUGAUGAUCCUUGUGUGGAUCUCAUGAGAAACGAUAAGGAGUUGGUGGAUAGAUUGAGAUCAGAGCCUCUUUACGGUUGGCCGCUUGGUGAUCGCCUGCGUCUACUUAAUUGCCUAAUGGAUGAAGUCUUGAUGCAGCCACAAGUUCGUGAGCUACUAGACUCCUCUUCAGAAGAUAUUAAGAAUCUACGUCUCAAUUUACGUGGUGUCCAAGCAGAGCGUUUCCGCUUCUAUGGCGGAAAUUCGGGGAUUGCUAAUAUGUUCUAUGGCUUUUCGGCCUCUACCCUGGUUAGUACUUGUGAUCAUUGGCUCACUGGUACACCACCAAUUCUGAGGAAUAGCACAAAUCGACCCAGAAAGAAGACCGUUGAAGCGGCAAAGGCAAAGAUUGCAAAAGAAUUUAAUGAGGCUAGGGCAUCUGUUACUGGGACUAAAUUAACAGAAGCUGAUCUUUACCGCAUGCCUCCAAUCGCGGAUGUUUGUGCACACUUGGACAAGGAGGAGGAAAACCUAUGGAGAUCUGUUGUCCGAAAAGCCCGACGUUUUUCUAUUAUCCCUCUUGGGCAGGAUCGUAUAUAUCGACGAUACUGGUUAGUGCCUUCUCUGCCUGCUGUCCUAGUUGAAAACACCAUGGAAGAGAAUGACACAGCUCCUCCGGUUCACAUCGCAUCGCCAACUAAACUGAUUUCCGGAAAUAGUCAAUUUUUACGUGUUCGCGGUAAACAGGUGGCUCCCGGGUAUGGUGUCUUGGGUUCGACUCCAGCAGAAGCAGUGAAAAAUCUACGCAAAGCAGCCAUGGAGAUGCGUGCUGCUGCUGAAGCCGAAGAUGAGCAUUGGCAGAAUCCGCGUAUCCUUGAUCGUGACUCCUUGGUUUCUCAGUUAGCAGUGGAUAUGCCAACUAAUAGGGAUACUUACACUAAUGAGGAAUUUAGAGCCCUCGUUCAUCCUAAUCGUCGUGCUAAUGCCCAAGUCGAUGCCGACCAUCCAGUAAUCAAACAAGUGGAAGAACUUCAAAGGAACCCGCCAAAAUGGUCGGUACUUCUACCUAUUCCUGCUUCUGAUCAGGACGAAGGCGAAGAAGAUGAUGGGAACCCUAACUCGCACUCAGACGAUCGUUACGCUGGAGCCCGUCGUGCUAUAGAUCAGUUAGAGGCCUCGUUGAACUCCCGAGGUAUUCGCGAGGCCCAUCUCAGAAAAUCCAUAUCUCAACUCAAACCUAUUCUGAUAUCUACCGUUGCUAAAUGCCCAGUCGAUAUUCUUGCCGUCUCUGAAGAAGAGAGGAAGACGGCCAAACCGAAAGCUGUAAAGGAUCCACAAGCAACUAUGGUGGCCUGGCUAGAGCAAGCUAUACGUGGAGUUGCAAUGCGCCUGGGUGUUCCCUUCUCCAAACUUGAACAAGGUGUCCAAGACCUGCAAACGAACGAGGAAGAAAUGAAGGAAACGAGUAAAGUAUUGGAUGAUUGUGCCAAGGAUGUCAAAUUGAACCGAUUCUUACAUCAUUUGAAACACUUCAGAAUCAGAGAUGACGAAAUACAAAAUCGGAAGGAAGUUCGAAGGCUUGCUCAACUUAUCCUUGCUCUUGGAAAAGCCAUUGGCUCGAAACGACUGGCGGCUCCACUCAGCUCCGAUGACAGGUCACUUCGUGGAGCUAAGCCUUCAAACGUUAAUCUCGCUUCCUUGGACGAUCCUAAUUGUUCAUCUUCUAUUACUCUUCCUUCACAAGCCCCGGUAGAUAUGCCUGCUGGUAAUGGUGCGACCACAGGGUACCGACGAUGGGUCACUUGUGUCCGUUCGGCCACCACUACCGCCCAGCUCCAUCUCCUUCUUCGUUCACUGGAACGCUCCGCUAGGAAAGCGAAUAAAGGUGGUCGGGGUGUUCCUGCAGCGAUUGGAAGCUAUGCUGCACGCUUCCAACUUCCUGAAAUUCGAUGCACAGCUUGUCGCGGCCUACCUGAUGAAGCAACAGGAACUAAUUCCCGAGGAUUGAACCCUCUUACCCUCUGUGGUGGCUGCGCUUGUCCCUUCCAUCCCGAUUGUCUCAUCAACUCUCUCUCACGUCAGAAAUCACGUUCAUCUCUUCGUAAUGCAACCUUGGCUUCUUCCCGUGGCGCCAACGCUCCUGAUCUCGACGUUCUUGAUAACCUCUCAACCACCUACUCCUUGAUGUCCUGCCACAUCAACACCACUGCUGCAGCUCGACAAGACACCCUUAAAGGAGCUCUUCUACUCUGUCAACGCUGUAGACGUCUGGCUGCUGCUGAUGCAGAUGAGGAAGAAAUAGAGAAGUAUGCUGACCCCCUACCUGAUGAAAUUUUGGAAGUUGAGGUGCCAGAAGGAGGCUCAGGAGAUGGAAUGGAGGAGGAAUUAGGAGAGGUCAAAAUUGAAAGCGAUAAUCAAAGUGGAGCUAAUAGCAAUGCAGAUGAAAAUGAUGAAAUCGAUCAGGUUAAAAUGGAGACAGAGAAUGAAUUGGAGGACAAUUAUGUCACUAUUAGUCGAAAUGACUCUGUAACUCCAAGACGAGGCGGUCGACCCCAAGUGGCAAAACGUGGCUCUCAUAGUGUUCGCGGUCGUUCAUCCAGGGGUUCGCUCUCUCUUCGCCGAGCAUCCACAAGCGCUACCGGCCACAGCAGUAGCCAUCGUGGACGUCCUGCAAAACGUCCGCGUUAUCUGGAAGACUACGACGGUGGAGAUGACUUUGAUUAUGGACAGUCAAAUCCCAUCAACAGUAAAAUUGAGAGGAUAGCAAAAGGAGAAACAGUUCCUGUUGCCGUUGAGCAUAUAGAUGAAAGCGCUGCCCCCGUAGAGACAGCUGAAACAAUUGUGUUAAAUGCAGUUGAUGAUCAAGACGUGCUCUAUGAGGAUGAGGUUCAUGAUAUUUCAACUAGGAGGUCGAGAGGGCGACGAAGACGAGGCGGUUUGAACCCUAGGGGAGGAAGGCUUUCUGCAGGUUCAGGAACACCACGUAAACGCGGUCGCCCUCCUAAGCGUGUUGGUGCCACGUUCAUGUUGAAUAGGACUGUAUCUUCCAUUCUACACGCCUCCGAUGGUCCCGUCGUCAUUGAUGAUGACAAUGAUAGUGACAACGCUGCUGUUGGAGAAGAAGAGGAAGAUGCUGAUGUGGAGAUGGUUUCUGAGGUUGCCAAACUUCCACAGCCACCGCCCCUAAGACAGGAUACUCUUGCAAAUCCUAUCCAAACGCAAGCCGCCGCUGAACGGCUUUUGGCUGAUAUCUCCUCUCUUUCUGCAGCUCGACCCCUGCUUCGUUGUGCCCUCAGCAAGACUCUCCAGUCUGUUGAAUUGCCAUCACCAGACAAGGAGGAACUCUCUCCAAGUCGUAAAAAUGGUUUCACCCGUCGUCAACCUACGAAACAGCAGCCCCUUCUUGCUUACGAUUUGGAUAGUCUGAAAGAUCUACUCACUUCACAAAGUGGCCUACCCGGAGGACCGUCUCAAAUUGUUUCCCAACUUAAAAUGUUGACUCAGCAUUGGAUAACAUCGAAUCGUCCGGGAAGUCGUCUACAUGGAUGUGCUCUUGAUGUAUCUACAUUCCUUGAAAAGAAACUGCGAGAGCUGGCCGCCAACUCACCAAAUUAA